UCUUUCAGUUAUUUUCUUGCAAGCAGGGGGGAAGAGGAAAAAAAAAAAAACUCGCAGCUCACGCGCACACGCCAAACCCCAAUCGGAGCUGCGACCGCCGACGCGACCGGAUCGGGGCGCUAGGUUCGGAGGGCAUGGCAGGCGGCGGCGAGGGCGCCGGUAGCGGCGACGGCGGAGAGUCCCCGCCUGCUGCCGCGGCGGCGUCGGCUGCGGCGGAGGCGAUUCUGCAUAUCCGGUGCGCGAACGGCGCCAAGUUCACGGUGCGGGCCGACCUGGGCGCCGCGGUGGGGGCGUUCAAGGACGUCGUGGCAGGGAGCUGCGACGUGCCGGCGCCGCAGCAGCGCCUGAUCUACAAGGGCCGCGUCCUCAAGGACGAGCAAACCCUAGAAAGCUACGGUGUUGAGACAGAUCACACAAUUCACUUGGUGCGUGGUGUUGCUACACCGGCUGCACCGACUGCACCUGCUGCUGUCAGCCCCCAUGCUACAACUACUCCUAGCAGUGGCCCAGCAGGUGGCCUGGGAGGCCUACUUCCAGGUGUUGGUGCUCCAAGAAGUGGCAGGUCAUCAGGUGUAUUUGGUUCAGGAUUUCCAGAAUUAGAGCAAGUUGAGCAGCAUUUAAGCCAGAAUCCCAACCUAAUGAGGGAAAUAAUGAAUAUGCCAGCGAUGCAAAAUCUCAUGAAUAACCCUGAUUUAAUACGUGAUAUGAUCAUGAACAACCCCCAAAUGCGCGAGAUCAUGGAUCAGAAUCCAGAUCUGGCCCAUGUGCUCAAUGACCCAAGUGUCCUCCGCCAGACCCUUGAAGCAGCUCGAAACCCGGAAAUUAUGAGGGAGAUGAUGCGGAACACAGACAGAGCUAUGAGCAACAUUGAAUCUUCUCCUGAAGGGUUUAAUAUGCUCCGACGCAUGUAUGAAACUGUCCAGGAGCCUUUCCUAAAUGCAACAACAAUGGGCGGGGAAGGCAACACAGCUUCAAACCCAUUUGCAGCUCUUCUUGGCAAUCAGGGGUCUAACCAACCCAGCCAACCUGCAACAAAUGCUCCAACUCCUGGCUUAGAGUCGACAACAGGAAUCCCUGCUCCAAAUACUAAUCCACUUCCAAAUCCCUGGAGCCCCAAUGCUGGGAGUGCACAAGGAGCAACACGGACUGGUCCUGCUGGCAGUGCAAGAACUGGUACCACUGGUGGCCUGGGAGGGUUAGGUUCACCAGAUUUGAGUAGUUUGCUCGGUGGUCUUGCUGGUAAUGCAAGAACUGCUGGUGUCGCUGGUGGUCUAGGAGGGUUGGGCUCACCAGAUUUGGGUAGUACGCUUGGUGGUUCACCUGAUGCUUCUCUUUUGAGUCAGAUGUUGCAAAACCCCGCAAUGAUGCAGAUGAUGCAGAGCAUUAUGUCUGACCCACAGACCAUGAACCAGUUGCUUAACUUCAACCCAAAUGCACGUAACCUGAUGGAAUCAAAUACUCAGCUGAGGGAAAUGUUCCAAAAUCCAGAAUUUCUUCGUCAGUUGACAUCUCCAGAGACUUUGCAGCAAUUACUCUCAUUUCAACAGACUUUAGUAGGACAGCUUGGUCAACAUCAACCUAGCCUGGAUGGCAACCAAGGAGGCAAUGCCACAGGUACGCGAGGAACUGCUAAUCUUGACACCUUGAUGAGCAUGCUCAGCGGGCUUGGUUCAGGAGGUGGCUUAGGUGUGCCAAAUAUUUCCAAUGUGCCACCGGAGGAACUGUAUGCAACACAGCUUACUCAGCUCCAAGAAAUGGGUUUCAUUGACACUGCAGAGAAUAUCCAAGCACUGGUCGCUACUGCUGGGAAUGUGCAUGCUGCGGUGGAGCGCCUUCUCGGGAAUCUUGGCCAGUAGCUAAAGCGAGCCAGAUGCUGUCUGUUCACCAUUUCGCACAUCCGAAAGAGUGUUUGGCUUACUGUUUUUCUAGCCCCCGAAUUUGAAGGCAGUGUGCAUAGUCUGAAGAACCUGAAAAACAAAAUAAAAAAGAAGUCAACCAGCCAUUAACUUUGUCAUACAUGGUCGUCAUGUCUUUGUUUCUACAGUGUUGUAUUUGCAAUUGGGAUUGGUGUACAUACAUAUGGUUCGAAUAUUACCGCAUAGAUUAUGCCUGUAGUUUUUCAA